CAAUAUAAGCUGCCAUGGACAAAAUGUAAAAACAGAAAACUACAUUUUACAUUUGGAAAAAAAGACAAAUUAGCACCAACACAACAGUCACUGAGGCCAGUGCCCAAGACUCAUCUGAUUGGCUUAGCUGGUGAGUGAUGUCAUCUCCAUCUAGGACCAGGUCAACGAUACACAGACAAGGUUUUAAGAGCAACAGAUCACAGGAAACGACAUCUGAGCUGAUACGACCACGCUGGAGAGAGUUUGUAGAGGAGGUACACUGAGAGAAAUCAACACUUCUGGAUUCAGUAACAGGAGCAGCAGCUACAAUCUGUGGAGAAGACAUCCCUGGUGGACAAACGACUCACAACGAAGAGAUUAAAGGAAGGAACUAAGACUGUGAAGUAAAGUUGGAAACAAGGAAAAUCAAACGCAAGAAAAUCCUGACUUUACUUAAACCAAGAAGAGAUAAAGAACACAUAAAGUACCAUCUGGGAGCAUAAUGGUGUCUUAUGGACCUGAGCUGACCGGUAUCUCUCUGUCAGUGCUGGGCUGGGUGCUGAGUGUGAUCAGCUGUGCUCUGCCAAGAUGGGUGCUCUUGGACUACAGGAGGGAAUGGGUUGGUCUGUGGAUAAGUUGUACGUCCCAGGGCACAGGACAGAAGGAUUGUUUUUAUCGGUUCGCCGAUCAUGAAGUGCAGACCCUCAGAGCACUCUCUGUCGUCGCCAUCAUCUUGGGAGUGGUGGGAGUCUUCAUAAACAUUGUGAGAGCAAAAUGCACCAACUUCAUUCUUAAUGAGAGAGUCAAAGCCAGGUUGAUGGUUUCCUCUGGAGGGAUGUUCAUCACUGCAGCUCUGUUACAACUGGUGACUGUUUUCUGGAUAGUACAUGACAUCACAUGGAGGUACCAUGACCCUGGAGAGAAGACCGGGGUGUCUGCGUAUCUGGCUUGGGCCGCCUCUGUCCUGAUGCUUAUUGGAGGGUCCAUUCUCUGCUGCAUCUGCCCUCCAGAAGAAAAACCAAGAAAGUACAACAUACAUGGUAAAAGUCAUGUUGAAUACUCUGUGGCUCUGAGGUCAACGGCUCAAAGCUCCGACAACAAAAUAGAUGUGGUGUGAGGUAGGGAGACAAGACCAAAGAGCGAUGAGGAAGACUUUUUUUUCUCUAUAUUAUACUUAUUUCUACAUUUCAGAAACCAGUUCAAAUGGAGUCAUUACAACAGUUUAGUAAAAGAGGAAAAAGUCAAACCUGUUUGUUCUAAAGACAACAGGGGCAACGUUUCCCUCAGAGCUCAAUGAGCUCAGUUAUGCUCAUAAAACCAUAGAAACAUUAACAAUAUGUGCAUUAAAGUUUGUCCGUGUUCAGGAAUUUUUGACAGCAGCUGAUUAUUUUUCUUUCAUUUUUUUUGCACUGAGUAGGACAACAUGUUUCGGCCAACAUCAACCAUAAAAUAUGAACAUUUAAGUUUAUCUGUGCUCAAAUGUUUUCUACAGCAGUAUUUUAGUAUUAUUAUUUUUCUUUAUUGCCACUUAUCUUUUAGCUGUUUUUAUUGACCUUUGUGUUAUGUAACACACUUUCUUAUAGUUUCAAC